AUGGAGAAUAAAAGCUUAGAAAGUUCACCAUCAGACCUAAAAUUAGUGGCUCACCCAAGAGCAAAAAGCAAAGUAUGGAAAUACUUCGGUUUCGAUACCAAUGCAGAAGGAUGCAUAUUGCAGUGGAAGAAGAUCUACUGCCGCAUUUGCAUGGCACAGAUUGCCUAUUCAGGAAACACUUCCAACCUUUCAUACCACCUGGAGAAAAAUCAUCCAGAUGAAUUUUGCGAAUUUGUAAAGAGUAACACUGAACAGAUGAGGGAGGCCUUUGCUACUGCCUUUUCGAAACUGAAGCCAGAGUCCUCACAGCAGGUUGUUCAGGACACUUUAAUCAUGAAGACCAGCCACAGCUAUGAAAACAAAAAGCACCAGGAGCUGACUUCUGCUGUGAUUAGCCUAAUUUGUGAGGGCAUGUAUCCUUCUUCCAUAGUGGAUGAGCCGACAUUUAAGACUCUUUUAAAAACAGCGGAUCCAAGAUAUGAACUUCCUAGCAGAAAAUUUUUCUGCACAAAAGCAAUUCCUGAAAAGUACAAUGCAAUUAGAGAAAUAGUCUUGAAGGAACUGACUGACAUUUUGUGGUGUGGAAUAUCCACUGAUAUUUGGAGAAGCCAAAACCAGAAUAGGUCUUAUGUGACCCUUGCAGUUCAUUUCCUCAAUAGCAGCUCUUCUCAUUGUUUGACUGUUAACUCACGAUGCUUAAAAACAUUUGAGGUCCCUGAAGAAAACACUGCAGAGACAAUUACCAGAGUCCUUUAUGAGAUCUUCAUCGAGUGGGGGAUCAACACAAAAGUCUUUGGUGCUACAACAGAUUAUGGCAAAGAUAUCGUGAAAGCUUGCUCACUUCUAGAUAUUCCAGUUCAGAUGCCUUGUUUGGGUCAGACUUUCAAUGCAGGAAUACAACAAGCUUUCCAGCUCCCUAAGCUGGGUAGUCUCUUGACAAGGUGCCGGAAACUGGUGGAGUAUUUUCAGCAAUCUACAGUAGCCAUGUACAUGUUAAGUGAGAAACAGAAGCAGCAGAACAUCAUGCACUGCAUGCUGGUGAGCGAUCGUGUCUCCUGGUGGGGAAGCACACUUGCCAUGUUGCAGCGACUAAAAGAGCAGCAGUUUAUCAUUGCAGCUGUUUUAGUAGAGGAUAGCAAUAACCAUCACCUUAUGUUGGAGACCAGUGAAUGGAACACCAUUGAGGGGCUGGUGGACCUGCUUCAUCCCUUUAAACAAGUAGCUGAGAUGAUGUCUGCAUCCAAGUAUCCCACAAUAAGUAUGGUAAAACCCCUCCUUCAUAUGCUUCUCAACACAACUCUGAACAUCAAAGAAAAUGAUUCGAAAGAAAUCAGUAUGGCGAAGGAAGUGAUAGCCAAAGAGUUAUCAACAACAUACCAGGAGACCCCUGAGAUAGACAUGUUCCUUAAUGUGGCAACGUUCCUGGAUCCUAGGUAUAAGAAACUGCCAUUCCUUUCUGCAUUUGAACGGCAGCAGGUUGAAAACAGAGUUGUAGAAGAAGCAAAAAGUCUUUUGGAAAAAGUAAAAGAAAAUAGUUUCAGGCCUGAAGAAAAGCUCUUUUCACUAUCUGAAGAACCACCAGUAAAAAAAAUGAUCAUUUCUUCUACCCCACCCCCAACUAGUGCAAUUAAUAACAUGUUGGCAGAAAUCUUCUGCCAAACAGGUGGUGUGGAAGAUCAAGAAGAGUGGCAUGCCCAGAUUGUGGAGGAAUUGAGCAACUUUAAAUCUCAAAAAGUACUUGGCCUAAAUGAAGAUCCUCUUAAGUGGUGGUCUGACCGAUUGGCUUUGUUUCCUGUCUUACCAAAGGUACUUCAGAAGUAUUGGUGUAUUUUAGCUACAAGGGUCUUCCCUGAACGACUUUUUGGUUCGUCUGCCAAUGUUGUAAGUGCUAAGAGGAACAGACUCGCUCCAGCUCAUGUGGAUGAGCAAAUUUUUUUAUAUGAAAACACUCGAAAUGGGUCUGAAGCUGAACCUGAAGAUGAGGAUGAGGGAGAAUGGGGUUUGGAACAGGAACAGAUUUAUACUUUAAGUGACACAGUUAAUGUAAGCAACAAUUUCUUUAAUAUAAGAGACAGUGGAUUCAUCUGACAGGGAUGCUAACAACGCAUUAAAGAAAAAGUGUUUGUCUUAAAAGUUACCAAAAAUAACUUGUUUGAUGCUUUGUUGUAAAUAUAGAUCAGAUGUAACAGUGGCUUGGUUUUUAAUUUUCAUGUAUUUGUGCCUGCCAUCAGUGAUCUCAAAAUACAAAAGAAAGCUGGUCUUUGAUAUUAACUGAAAUGAGAAAGAUGGAAUGUUCUCUUUAGGUUUUGACUGUGAUUCCUUGCCCCUACAUAAAUAAUAAUUUAAAAAAAUAAAUUAAAUUAGAGAUUUAGAAACCCACUUAGAUAAAUCCCUCUGAAGAGUUUUGACAGGUUAAAUUUAUUGGUUUUAAAAUGUUUAUAUAUCUCAUUUAAUUCAGUCGUGUUUUGGGGAAAUCAGAGAACAAGUAGAAAUAUAAUUCCCUUCCUAGAGCCCUAGGUUAUAGUUUUUUUAAUCUAAUAUAUAAAUAUGUAAGAUAUUUACUUUUUAAAUGGGAAUGUCACUCAGAAAAUUAUGAAAACCUUUUAGUAAAAAUAUUCUUUAAAGAGAAGGCAAGCUUUAAGUUUAGUUUCAGUGUGCAAAUGAGCAUAAUACAGAAGCACUUCCCCCUCCUUUCCUCUCCCUCAAAUGUGUUAAAUUUUUAUUAUGUUUCUUGUCAUACUGCCAGCUCUGAAACAUCCCCUCUCCCUUUUGCCAAAUUCAUCUUGUAGAGAUGAUUAGUCUAAGCAGCUUCUAAAGUUAUUGAAUCUUUUUUUUUUUGGUUGUGGUAUUCUUAUGUAUGAGAUAGUUUGCUUUGAAUCAGAAUACCCAAGUUUGUAUUUCCUAAAUAAGGGUAGUUUUUUGCUGGCAGAAAUAAUGUCUCUUACAAAGAUUUGCUUUUAAAAUAAAACAAAGCAAAAGUCUCCAGGCUGCUUUCUGGUUUGUUACAUGAAAGUAGCCAAUGCCCAUGAAGAUUUUUAAGUCUUGUUAUUUGGGAGGCAAAUUAUUUAAUCCUUUUAUCUUUAACUCAAAAGCAGAGGCACUUGUUUUUUUUGUUCACAUGACUAGUACCCAGCCCAGUGCUUUGCACAAAGUAGGCGCUUAAUAAUUUUUUGCUUUGUUGAAAUGAAUUCAACUCUACACUAUUUGUCCAAAUAAAUUUGCAAAGUCACCCCCUGUUCUGUUUUACCUUUUGAGUCAGUUUGAGGUGUUUACAAUUAGUAUUGAGGGAAGCAUGAAGGAAUAUGGUAAAGUGUGUUCUGUUAUUUGAUCUUGAAAAUUUUUCUGGUAUGGAAUUCAAAGAGGCACACCAUCUUUCUAUGUUAGUUUCACCUCACUGGCUAUUCUGUGCAUCUGUUUAAACAACCCAUAUUGGGAAAGAACAUAUAAAAUGGUUCAGAAAUGACCAUUUUAGCUAGUUACUAAAUUCUGCCCUGGGGCCAGAGUGUAGAUAUGUGAGUAUUAAAAAACAAAAAGAGCCCUGGAGUUGGUGAGAAUUUCAUGUGCCUUUUGGAGGAUAGUAUCUGGUCUCUGUCAUCAGUGAUGCAUGGUUUUAGGAAAUAAAUUUGCAGGUUAAAAGCAACCAGAAGAAAUAAUAUUUCCUUUUAAAGGAAAACACAAUGUUAACUUUUAUGACAUACUGUAUAAUUUUAGGCUUUUUGUAUUUCAUUUGUUAACUUACUGAGACAUUGUCAUGUUGGAGGUGAGAAGGUGGUGUCCAGGUUGGUCAUGGUAAAAUAUGGUUGGUAGAAUUCACUUCCAUUCUCCACUCUGACUCCUAAAGCUGAAAAUACUGUACAGUGCAAUUUAAAUUUUCCCUUAGUUGUUUUUUUAAAUAGCAGUACAAUGCACUGUUCUGUUCCUUGAAAUUUCUGAAUGAUGAAACUGUAAACUGUUCCAAUGAGAUUAGUCUCAUUUUUUUGUUUUUUUUUGUUUUGUUUUUGUUUGUUUUUUUUGUUUGUUUUUAUUUUUAAAACCCUUGUUGUCAGUCUUGCCCAUUGGCUAUGUUUUCUUAUUUAAUGUUUUAGGCUUUGACUAUUGUUAAAUAAACCAGAGAAAUAAAUUAGCUUCUAAUUUAUUUGUCUGAUGUGUGUUCAUAUUGGUAGCAUUUUGAUUAAAUUCUAGCAGUAAGAAGUAUUUUUUAACGAUUUUUUCCAAGGCAGUCAUAAAAACUUGAUAUUUUAUUUUCUAACCUUUUGAAAUAUAGAAACAUUGUGACAUACAAAG